AUGUCCAAGAUGCCGGCUAAGAAGAAGAGCUGCUUCCAGAUCACCAGCGUCACCACGGCCCAGGCCGCCAGCAGCAUCACCGAGGACACCGAGAGCCUGGACGACCCUGACGAGUCCCGCACCGAGGACGUCUCCUCCGAGAUCUUCGACGUGUCCCGGACCACCGACUACGGGCCUGAGGAGGUGGUGGAGAGGAGCUCGUCCGAGGAGACCCUCAACAACGUGGGGGAGGCCGAAACCCCCGGGACCAUGUCACCCAACGUGCCGCACGAGGCGCUCCUCCGGGGGGCCCCCCUUCCUCCGACGGCUCAGCCCGCUCCGGCCCCCCCGCUCACCUCUCAGGCUUGCAGCUCCCGUUUCCGGGUCAUCAAACUCGACCACAGCUCCGGGGAGCCGUACCGGAGGGGGCGCUGGACGUGCACGGAGUACUACGACAAGGACUCGGACGGCAGCACUUUAAUCUCCCGGAGCGGGGGGGGACACCAUCCGCCACACCGGGGGCACCUAUGAUCACUCUGCUCCGGACAGAGACAGCGGCCUGGGGGCCACGGUUGGCGGCUCGGUGGUGGUGGUGUCAGUGUCGUCCUCCGUACACCCCGCACAUGACUCUAUAGCUGACACCAGCUCACUCAUCACCCAGCCCUCCCAGCAGUUUGUCAUCGGGCAGCCACCCAUGGGUGCUGGGGUGGUGGCCCAGGGUGCUGCUCAGCCCUUAGGUGGUGGAGUGGUGGCCCAGGGUGCCGCUCAGCCCAUGCAUCCUGCUGCGGUGAUGGUGCCACCACCAGGCCAGACCUACCUACCAAACCUUGUCCCAGGUGCCCCCCAGAACGUCUCCCUAACUCAGCAGACCAGCACAUCCGUCAGUCAGUCCCAGCCGUUCACUUACUCCCAGUCCCAACCAGGGCACGCGUUGGCCUCCGGUCAAGCCGAGUACGCCCAACACCGAACAGUUCUUCAGUCGCAAGGAACAACCCAAAAAGCUGCAACGUCCCUGAUUGCAGGUACUGGGGCUCCAUCCAGUCUUCCGGGCCAGCAGUUGCCAGCCGCUGGAGCGCCGCUUCUGGGCCUUCAUUCUAAAUCUAGUGACACGGCCAGCCAAGGAUCAGGGCUUGGGCAGACUCCCCAGACCCAUCCGGUUCAUAUGCAACAAGCAGGAGGAGGUGUGGCGCAGGCAACCGUGUCCUCCAUUGGUGCAGUGCAACAGAAAUCUAUAAGUCAACAGCAAGUGAGUGGGACUAGCAUAUUGGGCAGCCACCAUGCCAUGACCCCUGGAGUGCAGAACGUCCCCGUGGCUGUGCCUAGUACAGGGGUUUCUGGACUAUCAAGUAGUGUGCCUAGUGUGUCUGCUAUUCCUGUUACUAUGCCAAUUGCUCCUGCUACUUUUGUACAGUCCCCCUUGAGUAGCCAUACGUCUGUCAGUAGGAGUAACAGCCUAAUACCAACAGUUGGGCUUCCACCAGUGCAAGGUACAGCAAAUGUAAAUACAAGUCUGCCACAGUCAAACAUUAGUCAGUUUCAGACUCAGCCGUUGGCUGGUCAGAUUGAUGACCGAAGAAAAUCGGAACCUCUACCUCAGCCGUCAAUGCCCCUGAUUUCUGAGAAGUCUUUUGUGAAGGUUCCUAUCACGGACACUCUAACAAACCCUCUUCAUUUACCCGUUUUUGGUUUACCUAUUCCUGUUGAUGGUGAGGAUGACAGGAAUCCUUCCUCAGCUUUCUAUGAAGCAUUUCAAGUGAAGUUCCAGGGUUCAAAGAAACUGGGUGAUAGGUAUGACAUUAAAAUG